AUGCUCAAGUAUCUAACGCACAAGCUCCGCACACAAUCAAUCAACGAUGAGAAUCAUGUCAAUGAGAAGAUUGACGGUCACGACUCAGGCACCGAGUCGGACGGUGACCUGGAGCAGGAAGACGACCUGAUACAGGAGCACGAGAUGGAGCUAAGUUUAAGUUCCCGGCAGGACACCGUUUCGCCGACCGAUACAGCCUGUUCCUCGGAGUCGCCCGCAUUUCUCGGUCCAUCCUCCUCGCACCUGCUGCUGUACGACCAGAACAGCUCCGAGGAGGAGCUGGAGGUGAUCAAUGGCAGUGCGGGGGAUGUGGGUAGCUGUGCCAUCGAGGUAGGGAGUGUUAGUGGUGUGCCUAGCCGGUUAAGUGGAGGAGCUAUUCCCGGUAUACUACCCAUCAUGGCACCUCACGUCGAUGAUGACGAGGAGGAGGAAGACGAUGAUGCCACCGAAGAUAUCGUGGAUGAGGAAGAUGAGGAGGAGGAGGAAGAGGAGGAGGAGGAGGAGGAGGAGGAGGAGGUAGAGGACGGAGAUUAUGCGUCAUCGGGAACGGCGACAACACCGACAGCGAUGGGAACAACGGCAUCGACAAUCAUCGAGAGUACGACAGGUGCCAUGGAUACGAGCAGUAGUACCACCGGCAGCAGUAUGGUACGGGGCCAGUUCAUGGUAAUCGGCAACGCGUGUGACGACAACGGUACGGAACCGUUGGACGACUUUGCGGAGGAGUUGUCGAGCCUGACGGCGACCCCGAACGUGGCUCUGACACCGCCGUCAGUGACCAAACAUCAGAUCUCAACUGGAGCCGGCAAACGCAUGGGUAGUGUGAGCAGUUUGCUGGAGAAGCGUAAACGAUCCCUAGCGCACAAUUCGGAUGAUGAGGUUCGCUAUCUGCUGGAGCAGCAACAACAGCAACCGACCCAGCAGCAGCAUCAGCAGCAACAACAGCAGACCCAUCAUCAUCCACUCUCACAUCAAUAUCAUCACCACCAGCAUCAUCAUCAGCAUCAUCAUUCGAUGCGUCAACAGCACCACCACCACCACCAUCAUCAAGAGCAGCAGCUACACCAGCAGGACGAGCUGUUGCAGCCGGAAGAGACACCGCUCUCGGCACCGGUCAAUUUCCGCACGUCACCACCUCUAGAAGCUUUAAAACCACACCGUGGCCAUAUAAUGCAACGCUCGACGACACCGCUGGUACUGAGCGAGGGAACCGGUGCCGGUCCCACCGGUAGCAACGGGCUCCUACCGACCACCGGAUCCUCACUGCUCUCGUCGGCGGCUUCCUCUCUUUCGUCGCUGAGCGGCACCGGUAUUAGCGGGUUCUACGGUACCGGCAGCAACGGUAGCGGCGGCGUGAAUGGUGGUAGUGCCGGUGGCCUUCGAUUCGGUCUCGUCCGACGCCCCAUUGGCUGUGAUAGUCCUUUGACUGCUGUGUGCCAUCGCAACAGCACCAAUCCGCCACCAUACGGCGGUGGCACCAGCAGCCUUGGGUCCGGUCUUAGUACAACAACGCGAACAUCAUCAUCAUCCACGCCAUCAUCACUGUCGUCGGCACCGGCCUCGCUGGUACGCCUCGGCGCGGGCACGGGUAGCCCCGAACCGAGUGGUGGUGGCGGCGGCGGCGGCGGCACGACAACCCUAGUAACGAAUAUGGACAUCAGCCGGUCCGUUAGUCCACCGGCGAAGAUGUUCCACUGUGCCGUGUCGCCACGCCGACGCCAGUCCCGCCAUCAGCAGCAAAGGUUGCAGCGUCCCCAUAGGCCAUGCUUAGAUUUCGAUAAAAUGCAACAGCUUAAGGCACGUUCCGUGACCACCUGGCGGCACAGCAACGAGCAUUCGGGCGAAUUGUCCGUCUUCUGCUGGUGAUGAUGAAUGAAGGGCAGCCUCUCCACCCGGUCGUGGCCACCAGUCGUCGACAUUAUGGCGCCGCUGCUUUCCACUAGAAGGAGGAGUCGUUGCGAAAGGUUUUCAUGCAAAGAACACGCGGACGAGGUGGUGGAAUGGUGGUUUUACGAAUCUCACCAUCACACCGGAUCAACUGUGCGUUUUACUGGGGCGGUCGCGUAUAUUGGGCACGUCAUUUCUUCACGAUUUCUACACCGCAAGUUGCUUCGUUUGGCGUUUGGCUGUGGUGCAAUUAGUGUCCUGAAGCAAUUAGAUACUUGCGUGGCGUGAGGAUGCAGCCUGGUGUCGUUUGUAUUUUUUAAGGAGGAUAAACAAAAGGAAACGCGAGACGCGAUCGUUUCUUAUCGGCGAGCCGAUUCGCAGAAGCUAGAUGCGAGCGAAUAAUUUUGCUGAAUUUUAUGUGUUAGUGAUGUUGCUGGUAAGCAUGUCGGGGGAAGAAGCCACAGCAAGAGACAUAUAGUACAAGCUAUUUUUUCAUUUGUUUUUAAACGCAAUACGAUGUGACACGCUCACAAGCUGCAGGACAUCUGUUUUAAAAGCGUGGGUACACGUAUACACGUUACGUUAGCUUAGAAACGGGCACAGAACUGGCCCCACUAUUUUUCCCGUUGAAUCGUCUCGUGCAGCAGCAGUAAUGAGGGAGACAUGCGCCGACUAAGAGUUAAUCAAUGAAUGUGUUUUGUGUGUUUUGUUUUGUUUUUUAGAAAAAAAAAACCUUUUACUCUUAAUGACAUUUUCAAAGCAAUUUUGUGAUUUUAAUCGUUAGCAAUGUGUAUUAAGUUUGAACGUUUAUAUUUUCCAACCCUCACUCUCUCAUUUUUAACGAAGCAAACUGAACCUGGCCACACUUUAACAAGCAAGGGUUCGCUGUUCGCAAUGUGCUCUACUACGAACUAGGAAUUAGCGUUAAACGAUCCGUGUUAGAAACAAUGAACGUCGUAACGUUCGUUUAAUUCCUCGGCCAUUUAUUAGGGCGAAUUCGAUCUUAGCAGUGGUUAGUUCUUCUCAGGGACAUACAAAACUGAAAUUGCACACUACAAGCACCUGUUGCAACAAAAUGGCAGUUAUAAUGUGGCCGUAUGCGGGGGAAAUACGACGGAGAACACAUGUUGUUGGGUUGUAUAAAAUGCAAUUAGCUAGCAGAACAGCUACCAAAGAGAUCCCAAUGGAAGACGAAAAAUGAAA